AUGGAGAAACACGCAACGGCCAGAGGUUUUUGUCUGUGUCAUUUGAUUUGUGUGUGGUAUCAGACUGGAAGGAUCGGACUAUAUUUGGGUUUUUAUAAUGUGGGUUAUGCGGAGCAGCUGGGGAAAUUCACUUGCGAUGAGCAACUCUAUGUGCAAGUCAUGGCUGUGGUCAACUUGUUCGCCAGUUGGCUCUAUAUCUUCUUCAGUUAUCGGUGGAUCCACGAUCAGUUUGUGUUCCUGCUUUACAUACCUCUUUAUUUAUACUUUUUGAUCCUGAGAAAACAUCUUACGGAGCUCUUAAAUGAAUGUGUUGGUGUGCAUAAAUCAAUGCAACGAAUUCUUGGCAGUCGAUUGUGUGUAAGGAUACGCAGAGAAUGCAUACACACUUUACUUCUAAUAGUGUUCCUUAUUUUGCUUCUUAUAUGGCAAAUGAGAAUAUAUUCGGUAUAUCAAAGUGCUUUCAUCUUCGGCGUGGGAUUUAUCUACCACUUGGAGCUCUUGUUUUUUGGAAACUAUCUCAUUUGGCUAAACUGUAUCUAUAGUUCUCUGAAUAAGUUUCUCUGCCAAGACAUGAGAAGUGACAGAUUGUAUAUAUUAAAAGGAGUGCUAAGACAGAAACCAAUUAUUUGGCGAGUUCAUCGAAACGUUUCCAGAUAUUUUGCCCUUCAUAUAAUAAGUUUUAUGAUCCAACCAGGAGUUAAAAUUCGCAACAUACUUCACAGUUCUGGUCAACAAGUGUACGCUCAAAUGGUUUCCUUAACGAUCCAUUUACUCUUAUUGGCAUUAUAUUUUGAAAUUGCCUGCAACCUACAAAAACAGCAUCGUAAAUUUCAGAAGAAUUACUUAAAAUUAAAAGAUGAUCCCAAUAAUUUUGUUUUGAAAUCCUGGCGUCUUUUGACACACAGAACUUUGCCGAAGGCAUUUGGUGUAACGUUUUUGAGAAAACAUGAAAAAGUGCAGUACAAACAGGAUGUGGUUACCAUGAUGUUCUCCAAUAACUAUUCUGCUGUUCACUUAACCAAAACAACCUUUUAUUUAACAACUAUUGGCUUUAAAAGUGUUAAGCUUGGAAUUCCUUUAUCAAUGCUGACGAGUUGCCUAAAAACCCACAUCCUUGAACUCCUGCUAUUCCUAUUUAUUUGCUUACUUUUCCACAAAAACAUGACAGUUCAGGACUACGAGUAUGAGUCGCAGGACGAUUUCAAUGGCAAUGUGACCCAAACAAUUAGUCAAGUCUAUCGCUUUUAUUUCUAUGAUGAGUACAAGUGA